CCGAAGGGGGGCUUUCCAACUGAGACAUCAACAGCCAGAAGAAUGAGCGGCGGCUCCAUUUUGCUAUGUUCCCAUCUCGAUUUUAAAAAACAUUUUACUUUAAUAUUGUUUUUACGAUGUCAGCUACCGAUACAAUACUCUAGCUGCCUAUUUUAAAAACGGAGUUCGGUCGUUUUCAUUGUAAGCGGUUACAUUGUGGUGUUCGCCUUCAUGAACGUGCCAUUCACCGAAGCUCCAUUUAUAACAUUGUAGCUACUGAAAAACGACGUUGCAUUUGUCAACGUUACAGAUCUGAUUCAUGUCAUGUCAGCAGGGCGGAAUGCGGACGUGCGGGAGCUGCAGAUCCCCCUCCAGCAUCGCUCUCCCUCCCUGGCUGCUCUCUCUCUGGCCCAGCGCCCCUGGCCCAGCGACCCCGAGGCAGGCUUCUUACCCCAGCACGGGGGCUUCUGGGACCACUUCAUAGCCACCCCAGAGCCCAAAUACUGCUGUGAGGCCUGCAGGCUAGUGCUCUGCAACCCCAGGCAGACAGAGUGUGGACACCGCUUCUGUGAAACCUGCAUCUCCGAGCAGCUAAGCAAACCAAAUCCAGUAUGUCCAGCAGAUAUGGAGCCUUUGUUCAAAGACAAGAUCUUCCGUGAUGUGUGCUGCCAUAGAGAGAUCAUGGCUCUGAGAGUGUACUGCAGGAGUGAGAAGAAUGGCUGUAAGGAGCAGAUGAGUCUACAUCAGGUCAUGGAUCAUUUGAAUGUGUGUCCGUAUUUUGAGGUGCCAUGCCCUUUAGGAAAGUGCAAAGAGAAGAUGAUGCGCAAAGACAUUCCUGAGCACUUGAGUUGGAAAUGUAAACACAGAGAGACCACCUGUGAAUUCUGCAUGCACAAGAUGGCCAUGACUGAAUUACAGAAACACAAAGAAACCGUUUGUCCUUCAUGUCCGGUGGCCUGCCCCAAUCAUUGUACUUUUCCCUCCAUACGGAGGAGCGAGCUGACAAGUCAUCAACAUGUGUGCCCCAAGGCUCAUGUCACCUGCUCCUUUAUCCGCUUUGGAUGCAAUUUCAUGGGUCUCAACCAAGACAUGAGGGAUCAUGAAUCAAGCUUUGCCUCUGAACACCUGCGGCUGAUGGCAACCAGGAACACUACGCUGGAGGCCAAGAUGGAGGAUGUUAAAGGAGAGCUUCUGGAGCGGUACAAGGUUCUGCCUGGCCUAAGCAGCCGUCUGUCUGAAACAGAGUCUCAGUACGAGGAGAUGAGGGAGAAUAACAGACAGCUGGAGCAGAAGCUCACUACCAUGCAGAACUUGAUGAGUUCCCACUCUGAGAAGCUUUUGGAGAUGGAGCUGGAGCUGAGGUCUCUGAGGACCAUCCGAGAGGAGGUGGAAACACUACGAGGCACCGUGGAGAGCAUUCGUUCCAGGGUUGCAACGCUAGAGGGAGGAAGGGGCGGGGCCAUCCCAGCCACACACACACUAGGUUCUUUAGAGACACAGCUCUCCCGUCAGGACGACAUGCUGAGUGUCCACGAGAUCCGCUUGGCCGACAUGGACCUGCGCUUCCAGGUCCUAGAGACGGCCUCCUUCAAUGGGACGCUCAUCUGGAAGAUCCGUGACUACAAGCGGCGGAAACAAGAAGCCGUGGCGUCAAAGACCCUGUCUCUCUACAGCCAGCCUUUCUACACUGGAUACUUUGGCUACAAGAUGUGUGCCCGGGUCUACCUGAACGGAGACGGCAUGGGGAAAGGAACCCACCUGUCUCUGUUCUUUGUUGUGAUGCGUGGCGAGUACGAUGCCCUGCUGCUAUGGCCCUUUAAGCAGAAGGUGACUCUGAUGCUGAUGGACCAGGGCCCAGCCAGGAAGCACCUAGGGGAUGCCUUCAAACCAGACCCCAACAGCAGCAGCUUCAGACGACCCACGGCAGAGAUGAACAUAGCCUCGGGCUGCCCGCUGUUCGUGGCCCAAACUGUGCUGGAGAACGGUACUUACAUCAAGGAUGAUACCAUCUUCAUUAAGGUCACAGUGGACACAUCUGACCUCCCUGACCCUUGACCCCUGGUCUGUAGAGAACAGCAGAUGUAUCUGGAUCAGAGUGCCCUUAUGUGAGAGAGAUUGCAAAAGAUGGGAUGGAGAGAGCAGAAAGAAGGAUGGAGAACAAGAAAAGAAGUUAGAAUAAGAGUAAGGUUUCUUUGCAGAUCUCAAGGUGCAGCCUAAGCCUGCAGAAAGAGCUGGGUGGACCUCAGAGCAGUUGCCUUUGGUGCCUGUGUUGCUCACCAGAUAGGUGAGAGAAGGACAUUGUUAUUUUUCAACCAGGCUGAAUGUUAAAAAGUCUAAGGAAUGCCUAUAUUACUCACAGCAGGGAGAGGUAUAAAUGGCAAUGGAUAGUGGAUCAUUCUAACCCAAGUUAUCAGGAUGCAACCAUCAUUAAACUACAUGGACCCAGUAUGUAUGUAUGUAUGUAUGUGUGUAUGUGUAUGUAUGUAUAGCAAUCUACCAGAACUAAAAAUCAUAUAGAAUGGAGAUAGUGAAUAUAUUUCAGUAGACAUGAAUAAUUUCUGCCUUGAAGAACAUGGGACAGUGCAUCAUCCAACACAAGUCGAGGUGUGGAGAUAGUUGUCCCGUGCCCAACUAUCUUCUGUAAUAGCAAAUAUCUCUGAGAACUCAUUACUUGACGUUGAUGAAACAUGUCUACAUUAAAGGCAGAAGAUACAAUCCCACAUGACAUGUUGAAUAAGGAGAUGCAAUGCAAUAUGUGGUUGUGUAUGUUGUUUGCAUUGCUGGUGAAGUUUGGUUGUAUUAUUGCAUUGUUAAAGUACAUAAUGUAAUGUACAGUAUGUAUGUUUCUAGUCUUGUGAUUGUGUUGGAGAAAGUUGUUGAUUGACAAGCUUUUAUUAACAGGUGUUGUGUGAGCAGUAGGGUGUGUCUUGUGUGCAGGCUCGUAUUUCAGAUUUGGUUUUAGUAGACCUGGUCUGCAUCUGAAAUGUCAUUCUGCUACCUAUAUUGUGCACUACUGUUGGCCAGAGCUGUACAAAAGUAGUGCACUAUAUAGGGAUUUGGGUGCCAUUUCAGACACAGACAAAGAUGGCACAAAGGAAUGGAUACACACCGGUACAGCAAUGCCACUGUCUCGCGGAGUUAAGAAUAAGACUAGCCUUUCAUUUUGAAGAUCUAUAAAGAUCUGUAAAUUACUUCUAUACUGCUUUUUGUAACUUACACAUUGUUUUGUAAUGUUCAGAACAGAUGCUGUGCAUCAUAUUUUUUUUGUAACAGUUGGGAAAACAAAAUGCCUCAUUAAAACUCCAACCAUGUUGAUUGAGCUGAGACAAAGUGACAGUGACUUGUUUUCAUGAUGGUUGAUGGAGAAUGUUAUUUGCACAAGUUAUGUUUGAAUGUGUAUUAAUAAAAUUGUUCAACAAAACUUGAA